UGUUGGAGAUGAGUUUUCUUCUUAACUACUACUAGGAGUUUGCCUGCUUACAUUGUGGUGGUUGCUGGAAAUGGGGUUUCCACUAGGAGUUUCUGCCUCUCCCAUCAUGUGCAAAGCCAUAGCCAGCAACGGCAGCAACUCGCACGCGCUCGACGCGUCCUACGUCCAGCGCGCCGCCGGGAUCGCCGACAAGUCCGCCGGGUUCACGUCCCCCCACCCGAAUUUCGGCUGCGUGAUUGUCACCCCGGCCGGCAAGGUGGCUGGGGAGGGGUACCUCUACGCGCAGGGGACCAAGCCCGCUGAGGUCCAGGCCGUGGAGGCGGCCGGCCGCGACCUGUGUAAGGGCGCCACCGCCUAUCUCAACAUGGAGCCAGGUGACUGCUACGGCGACCGCGCAGCUGUCUCGGCUCUCAUUCAGGCAGGAAUUAAUAGAGUUGUCGUUGGGAUCAGGCAUCCUUUGCAACAUCUUCGAGGCAAUGCUAUUCGUGCCUUGAGAAGUGAAGAACUACAGGUUGAUGUUCUUGGGGAGGAUCUGCAAAGUAAAACAAUUGAGGGAGCUCUGAAAUCCUGCCUCUUGGUCAAUGCUCCUUUGCUUUACAGAGUUGCCUCUCGAGUUCCAUUCUCUUCCCUCAAGUAUGCAAUGACCCUUGACGGAAAAAUUGCAGCUAGCAGUGGACAUGCAUCGUGGAUAAGCAGCAAAAUGUCAAGAAGUCGUGUGUUUGAAUUACGGGGUAGAAGCGAUGCUGUUAUUGUCGGAGGAAAUACCGUUCGCAUGGAUAAUCCACGAUUAACUGCAAGACACGGAGGUGGCCAUCUGCCCAUGAGGAUUGUUAUGUCACAAACACUCAAUCUUCCUAAUGUAGCACAUCUUUGGGAUGUUGCUGAUGUGCCCACCGUAGUUGCAACACAACGAGGUGCCAGAAAGAGUUUUCAGAAGUUCCUUGCGUCCAAAGGUGUUGAAGUAGUGGAGUUUGACUUAUUAAAUCCUAAAGAUGUCAUGGAAUACUUAUACAACCGUGGUUACCUUUCAAUAUUGUGGGAGUGUGGAGGAACAUUGGCUGCAUCUGCCAUUUCAUCUGGUGUUAUACACAAGGUGUAUGCAUUUGUCGCUCCUAAAAUCAUUGGUGGCAAGAAUGCACCUUCUCCAGUUGGUGAACUUGGGAUGGUUGAGAUGACACAAGCUUUGGAAUUAAUUGACGUUAGCUAUGAGCAGAUUGGACCUGACAUGCUUAUAAGUGGAUUUCUUCAGCCCGUUCCAGACUUGACACCUGUUAUUCCAUCAGUGGAGGAAACUUCUGCUAUUGAUCCCACGGUUACUCCUUAUGAAUCGAGCAUAAUAUUCUUUUACAAGACAUGGGAUCCUUAUGGAGCUUUUUCAAACUUCUCUCCUCAUGCAAUUCAAAUGACUGAUGAAAGUGGCAAUUACCUCAGCUGGCCAAGUGUGGAGCAUUAUUAUCAGGCACACAAGUUUUGGGGGGUGAAUAAUGCUGAAGCCAGAAAUUGUGUGGAAGCUAUAAGAUCUGCAAAAAGUCCUGAGGAAGCAUCACGAAUGGGAAGGACAAUGCAGAGACAGCACCCUGAUCUGGUAAGAUCUGAUUGGGAGUCUGUCAAGAUUGAUGUUAUGUACAGGGCCUUGAAAUGUAAGUUCUCAGUUUACCCUCAUCUAAACUCCAUGUUGCUCUCUACGGCGGGGUCUGUUCUUGUUGAGGCCUCACCCCAUGAUCUCUUUUGGGGCGGAGGUCGGGAGGGGGAAGGCCUAAACUAUCUAGGCAGGUUGCUGAUGCAGUUAAGGUCGGAGUUUCUAGGCGACUCUUCGACACCAAAUAACAACCCUAUAACUCAUCAAGAAAUAGAGAUGAGUUGAGAAACAUCAUGAUCUUCUCUUAUGUAACAUCAUUCUUGUGCAGAAUAACUGUUACAAAUGAUAAUUUUGUCGGUCAAUUUUGCUGUAUAUUUUGUACGUCCUAGUUGAUGUCAUCUGAGUUUCUGAGAUGGGAAAACCUUGUACUGAAUCACUUUUUUUAUGCUCUCAUACUUGCCCAUAUCGUCUUGCUGUGGCUGUAUCCGUGCGUUGUAAGACUGAAAUAUUAGUUACGCAUUUGGGUGAAAUGGAUUAAUUGUAGUUGCAGCAAAUAAA